AUGGCUAUGGUGGAAGACAACAGUGAUUCAGAGACCUGUGGAGAAGAGCAUGAUGAGCAAAGACAUUUUUCUAGAAGAAAGAUCGUCUCCAACUGGGAUCGAUAUCAAGAUACUGAAAAGGAAGCUGAUGGUGAGAGUGGAGAAUGCCAGCGAGGGACGGACUUCAGUGUCCUGCUGAGCUCUGCAGGGGACUCCUUCUCACAGUUCCGGUUUGCUGAGGAGAAAGAAUGGGAUAGUGAAACUUCAUGUCCAAAACAGAAUUCAGCACUCUACGUGGAUAGUGAGUCACUGGUUCGAGCCCUUCAGCAGCUGCCUCUUGCAGUCCGGCUUAACGUUGCUGCGGAGUUGGUCCAGACUGCAGUUCCUUUAGAACUUCCACAGGUGAAACCAAGGAGAAAUGAUGAUGCCAAGGAGCUGGGCAUGCAGUUAAGGGGGCCCAUCUCCGAGCUCAGGGCUGCUGCUGCUGCCAGUGGCUGUCCCGGGUCCCUGGGCAGAGACAGUUUGAGACAAAGCCCUAUAGAGGGUUUGCAGAAAGCUGGCUCCCCACCACAGCCAGUGGCAGACCAUCUGGAAGAAGAAUUGGAUAUGUUGCUGCAUUUAGAUGGGCCUGUGAAAGAGGAAGACAGUCUCUCUCCAGACCAGACAUCUCAGGACCAGGAACCAGAAAGAGAUGGGCAGGCAACCCUGGAGGAAACAGUUCCUGAAAAGCCAUCUAUGACUGGAGAGAAAAAUAUGGAACCUGAGCAGCCAAAGGCAUCCAAAACUGUCACUGAGGAAGAGCUGGAAGACUGGCUGGACAGUAUGAUCUCCUGAAAAUGGGGAUCAAGAAUGGGAAAGUGCCUGAAGCAAAUGUUGGUUGCCUUCUAAGUAUGGGUGGCUAGUUUUACCAGCUACCCCUUGCUAGCAUGUACUGUUACACUUAGAGCAGCCAGUGCUGCCUCUGUGUUUGAUGGCAUCUGAAUACAUGUAUGAGGCUUG